GAGCGUGUGAUAGAGAUGCAAUUUUGAGGUCUUACCUGCUUCUUCUGGGAUCAUCAGGGGAGGAAAACAAGCCCGGGAUGGUGGAGCUGGAGGGGUUAUAAAGGGUGUGAAGUGUGAGGCUGCUCAGAAUUCCAGCACCAUGGGCCAAAUCCUGCAGCUCCUUUGCUUCCUCCUGCUCCUCAAUUCCUGCCCCUGCGCCGUCAUCACUGGGGCCUGCGAGCGGGACCCUCAGUGUGGCCGCGGGACCUGCUGUGCCGUGAGCCUGUGGCUGAGGGGGCUGCGGGUCUGCACCCCCCUGGGCCAGGAGGGGGACGAGUGUCACCCUUUCAGUCACAAGGUCCCUUUCUUUGGGAAGCGCCAGCACCACACCUGCCCCUGUCUGCCCAACCUCCUGUGCUCCAGGUUCCUCGACAGCCACUUCCGCUGCUCCAGCGACUUCAAAACCAUCGAUUUUUAGGGGGAUUCUCCCUAAAAACCCACCCAUGAGCCCACAGCACCCGUGUCUCGCCCUUUCCCGUGGCUGUCAGGUGCCCACAGAGCACCAGGCAGCCCCAAAGUGCUUUUCUGAGGUGGAUGGUGUCGUUUUGAGCUGUUCUGUGGGGGAACUGA